CAACAUUCGUCGACCUAAUCUCCAAGUUAAUGAUCCCCGAGCUUCAACGAAAGCAUUAUUCUAGUCGCGUUUCUUUUCCUUUCCCUCUCCCUCCCUUUUCUAGGGCUUCAUUUCAACUUUAGUCUAUUCUCUAUCUUUAACACUUCCCUCGUUCUCUCUUCCUCUCCUCUUAUCUCCUUCCCAUUCCCCAUCGAAAUCUGGUCAUAAUGGCCGACAGCGAGUUCUCGCCAAAGUUUGCCCCAUUCUUCUCCUUUGCAGGAAUAGCUGCAGCUAUGAUCUUCGGAUCAAUGGGAGCAGCAUAUGGAACGGCUAAGUCCGGCAUUGGUAUCUCGGGUGUGGGAACCUUUAGAUCGGAUCUGAUUAUGAAGUCGCUGGUUCCGGUCGUUAUGUCUGGUAUCAUCGCGGUAUACGGCCUUGUCAUCGCGGUUCUCAUCGCACAGGAUUUGCAACCACCUCCGGUACAGAACACGAGUCUAUAUACUGGAUUUAUGCACCUUGCAUCUGGAUUGUCGGUUGGUCUCGCAGGCAUGGCUGCCGGAUACACUAUUGGGAUUGUUGGAGAUGCGGGUGUACGUGCAUACAUGCAACAGUCCCGAGUCUAUGUCGGAAUGAUCCUCAUCCUCAUCUUCGGUGAAGUUCUUGGCCUCUACGGUUUGAUUGUCGGUCUGAUAUUGAAUUCGAAGAGUCACGGUUAAACUGGAUUAGGCGUUACAUUUUGAUAUUCCCGAUAUAUUGGCGACUUGCACUUUUAUCAACUCCUUGAGCUUCUUCUAUACCAAGGGCCCAUCACUCAGGACUACGAGUUCCUCUAGACCGCUGCUUCCUUCACAGCGGUCUUCUCCCCUUUCUGUGGCCACACUUUGAAUGUUUCCUCGCAGGUGUUUCCAUUGGGACUUCAUCCCCUUUAGCCUUCGGGAGACUUUCUGUACUAGUAUAUCAUAUGCCCACACGCUUUGGAUAACAAUAACAAUAUUGAACCUUUUCCCUUUUCAAGCUAAUGCAUUCUACCUUCUCUCUUCCCCUUCGCAUCAUAAUCAAAGAAACCUAUGGGGCAAAAUCAAAU